UAAAAUGGCAUCGAGGUGGGGAAUCACCGGCAACAAAGGGCGGUGCUACGAUUUCUGGGUGGACUUCAACGAGUGCAUGUCUCGCUGCCGUGAGCCCAAUGACUGCGUCCUCCUCCGCGAAGACUAUCUCGAGUGCCUCCACCACUCCAAAUAG